AUGUAUAGUGUUUUUGGUCAUUUUCAAUACCGUACCUUUGAUAAUAUUGGAACUCUUGAUUUUAAUGAAGAACAACUUACUGAGAUUGGUGAUUCAAUUAUAUUUGAAUUUUACUCUUCCAACUUGAAGAUUGAGGAGCAACCCAUUAAACCAAUCAAAGAAACAGAACUAUUUAUUGACCUUCCAGAUGAAAUUAAGCAAUUCUACAAGGUAAUCAAAUUCAUUGGAAGUGGUACAAAUGGGAUCGUAUAUGAAAUAGAGCACAAGUUCUUUAAGGAAAGAAAGGCUUUGAAACAAUAUAGACAACUCCCAACAAUUGAGGAUCUUGAGUACAAAAUUGUAAGUAUUAUUAUUGAAUGUUCUACAAUUAUCUGGAAUUCAAAAAAGAAAAAACUGCAAACCAUUCCACAACCAUCUCACGUUCUUCGUAUUGAAAAGUAUGACUAUAGAUAUAUUGAAGAUCAUUACAAGGUGGAAAUGAUUAGCCCACUUCUACAAAUGUCAUUACUUGGUUUCAUUCCCAUUCUCAAAUCUGAUUCCAAUCAACGUGAUGCUCUAUUGGGACAAAUUGUGGUACAAAACUUGAAAGGCUUAAAAUCCAUACAUGAUAUUGAGCUAUCUCAUAACGAUAUCAAAGAGGCAAAUAUUCUGGUAAGCUAUUACAAACCAGAUGUCUAUGUUUGUUUGUCAGAUUUUGAAUUGGUAGAUGACUCUGCCAGUGGAAGUAUUUCAAGUUUAUUUGGUACAAAGCUCUAUUUACCUCCAGAAACAUUGAAAAAGAAUCACAAAUCUACUAAACUAGAUAUAUGGAGCUUGGGAGUUACAUUUUUCAACAUAAUGUGUCAAAUAUGGGAUAUUGACCCUCUUGCAACCUUUACAGAUGCAACAGAUGUUUGUGUUACAAAUGGCUUUAUUUGUUUGGGUUAUAUACCAUCUCAUGAGCUGCUCAAUCAAUAUUUGAAUAACACAUUUAGAGGUUAUUCAAAUCAUUUCAUGACCACAAUCAUCAAAAAGCUACUCGUUUUUGACCAUCUUGCCAGACCAACAUCCACAGCAAUGCUUGAGUUCAUUUCCAAAAGAUAUGGAAUGAAGUAA